AUGAAGCAAUCGAAAGCUAAAACGGACCUACUAAAGAGGUUUGCUGAUAACCAAGAAGAAGAUGAGAUAUUUGGUGACGUCGAGUCAAUAGAUUUCAGUUCCAACAGACAGAAGCAGCAAUCACAACAACAACAACAACAACAACAACAACAACAACAACAACAACGGCAUGGAGAAAACAAGGACACCAACAAUGAUGAUGCUGAUGGAUUAGAAACCCUAAGGAUUAACCAAUUACAUAUUAACAACCUGCUGCCUCUGUUUCAACUAACGCCCAAGAACGAGCUCACUUCUUCUUCUUCACCACAACAUACAAGAUCAAGCAAAUCAAGUGGAGGUAGAACCAAUAAUGCCACAAGAAACAGCAACAGCAGCGCUGCAAAACGAAUAACAAGAGAUGCAUUGAGCGAGUACAGUGAAGAGAAUGAUACCGAUAUAACUUCAGAACUUUCACAAGAUGAAUUUGAAGGUUGGGAUGAAUGCUUUAGCAAAAAUCAAAGCAUUUAUCAACAAAUGAACCAACGUUUGAUUGCCAAAAAAGUGGCUCAACAACAGGAAGCAGAGCGAGAACUAAGAGACUUACUCGAGCAUAAAAACAAUCGUAGUAUUGGCAUUAAGGACGAUCCUAAUCAAACUUUGAAAUUACGCGAUGGUAUAGUGACGAAUGGUGCUGGUGGUCACAAAUUGACAAGCACUAAUUUGGGCAUGUUGGAUCAUUUGGAAAAUGAGAAAACAAUCAAUUAUGAUUUUACGAGAGAUGAUUAUGAGGAAUUUGAAGAUGGGUUUGAAGGUGAUUUCGAAGAGAGUAUUCAAAAGAUCAAGCAGCAUCAGCAGCAUCAGCAGCAUCAGCAGCAGCAGACGCAGAAGCACCGAAGUCGUGAUUCCGGUGACACUGCAAGACAAUCUUUACUCAAUAAACAAUCGAUGCCAUCAUUGGCUAAAAACCAAACUAAUACACUCAAAAAAUUCAAAUCAACAAUGGAUUUGACUGGUGACACAUUGCACGAACAACAAUACCAACCACCACCAAGUUUCAACUUUGAUAAUCGAGUGAUUAACAAACUCGAUCGCAUACCUUCAUUUUACAACAAGCCUAGAAUCCCUGAUCCUGAAUCACGUAUUCAAUUGCUUGACAAAUACGCUGAGCGGAAGGAUAAAGAUGGGGCUACAGCCAAAUCUCAUCCGAGAAAAGAUAAUGGUAGAGAUAUUCACACAAGUGGCGGCUACCACCAAAAUCAUCGACACCAUCAUCAUCGUCCUCAUGCUCAUCCAAAAAUGGGCCACAUACGAUACUUUCACGAUGGUGAAGGUAAAGGUAAAGUAGGUGACUACAUCAUUCCACGAUCGAAAUCAAUGGUUUUCAACAAGGCGCAAAACCGAUGGGAGGGUAAUGAGGUAGAUUUACUUCGAUUCGAACAAAAACCAUCAUUGAUCACCUUGAAGGAGAUUGAACCACCCGUGACAAUAAGUCACAACCACGAUGGUGCUUUUGAUAAAGACGCUGACGCAGCCGAUGGUGAUUUCGCAGGUAAGAAACGACAAGGAAACAUGUUGUAUGAUGAUGUCAAUUUGAAAUGGAUCAAUUUAGAUCAAGAUGAUGAAUAUAUUUUUGAUGAUAUACCGGAUUUAAUUGAGCCUUUAGAAACCAUUCGUCAGCAUCACGAGCAGCAGCAGCAACAACAACAACAACAACAACGACGCAUAGAUCAGUAUUCGCCAACGAGACCAAGACUUGGUGGAACAAAUGUUGGGACAAAAGGAGCGACAAAUACAAUCUAUGUUCUUCAAUCACCAAUUUCAAGACGUGGGUUGAGCCAAUUUACGCAGAGAACCACAUCAUCGACCACUUCUAUACAACCCAUACAACAACAGCUGCAACUACAUCCAUCAAUAUCGAGAUCGAGGUCUACUUUGUUACAAUCACAACCACAUCAGCAACAACAACAACAGCAGCAGCAGCAGACGGUAAACGAUAAUGGCUCACUUUUCAUCCCACCCCUUAGUCAAAAACUAAUUGAUAAAUUCACCAAAGAAGAAGCCAAAAUCAAUCGUAAAAUUGGCCAUUGGUUUAUUGAUGAUAAUAACGAUGUCAAGUUGGAUUAUUAUUGGGAGAUACGCAAAUUGAUUAUGGAAGAUUAA